AUGGCAACAUUAAAUGGCUUACACACCACUAGGAAUGGUACCACCAAUGGGAAUGUGGACCAUGAGGAAACAAACGGUAGCAGUGCCCCCAAACGAAGGGGUAAAACACUUAGUGGUAUCGGUCCUGAUGGGUAUCCCCGUUUACCUCCUAUCAAGAAACCCAUGUUGAAAAUGGAUGAUCCAUAUGCAAACAGCAAAUUGAUGACAUUCAGAUUAGCCAAUCACAAACAGGCAUUGCUGAUGCAGAUUUUACAUGAUGAUGCCAUAAAGGCUUAUGAAGAAACCAAAGAAAUAAAUGAAAAAGACACAGAUCGGAAAGAAGAUCCUGAUUUUCCCCAAGAGAUGAUGAGCAAAGAAAGGAGGAUUCGGCUAAACUACCAGUACCUAAGAAAGUGUGUGGAGGCAGGGCCAGUGACUCCUAUGCAGCCUGAGUGGAAUGCUCAGAUUCUGAAGAUGGUCCCAGAACGUUUACAAAAGUCGGCCAUGCUAAAGGAAGUUAUCAAGGAACUCUUUGAUGAGGUCAAGGUCGACUUCAAGUCCAGUAUGAAAAAAUCUAUGGUACAACAUGUACUGGUCAAGCCUGAGGUCAAGGGACUGGACAAUGAGGAGGCUGGACCCCCACCACAGGAACCAAGUGGACUAGAUUUCUCUCGUCCUUGGCAUGAGAGUUAUGUCCAGUCCAAGGAGGUCAUUCUGGAAAACUUGCAUGUCUUACACCCCUCUAUGCAGACCGUUCUAAACAUGUGUCAAACAACCCUUGGGAACCUCAUCCUGGUGGACUGCUCCAACAUGAGAGCACGUGGAGCAGUGGAGUUUGAAUCCAUGAAAAAUAAUAUCCAACUUGACCUUGAAAAAAUGGAGGACAAACUUAUGCACAGCUGGUUUCCAACCAUCAUCAAUGUGUUUGCUGACAAAGUGACAUUUGUUCCUCCAAAGGCAGAGAAAACCGACUCCUUUUACAGCAGUGUGACUACCCUAAUAUCUAACCAGCUCAAAAAUCUACUGGAGCGUACAGUCCAUGCAUUUGUUGACCUGUUCAAUCCAAAUGACAAAUCACACCUCCCCCAAAUGAAAAUGGAGCUGACUUUUGAUGACCAAAAGAUGCAGUUUUAUCCUCCUAAGGAAGACUUGGAGGAAACUGUUCUGUUUGUAGUCAAGCAAGUUUGUAAGACCAUGCAGCAGGUACCAACAGUCCAGUCUUGGCUAGCAGGGGGCAGCACUGUCAACCACACUGAUGUUACAAUUGCGAAACACAUUCUGGAUGCAGCCAACCAGAAACUUAAGGAGGCUGUCAAGCUGAAUUUUGAGGCACCCCAAGCACAUUUGGAGUCGUUUAUUCAGCGUUAUGACUACAUCGUCAAUGGCGAGGCUCUUGCUGAAAUCCACGAAUAUGUGAAGCACGAGCACACCUUUGCCGAAUACCAAGAGCAAAUCGAGAAGUAUCGAAAUGUAGCACGUGAGAUUAUGGGUUUGCCAAGUAUUGAGCACUUUGAUAUGAUCCGCCUUGACUGCGAGGAUCUCAAGCGAGGUCUUGCUGAGGCUGCUAGGGGUCUGGCUGAUGAACUUCUGAAGAAGGUGUCCAAUGAUCACAGGCAGGAAAACAUGAGUAUUUGCCAAGAGUUCACAACAAUGAGAGACCGUGCCCUACAGGACCCAGAGACCACAGAACAACUGAUGGACAUGAUGACGUUCAUAGGCAAUGCCAGAACUGUUGGAAUGGUUGACUUGAACACACGGAUAGCUGAUUCUAAAAACAGGCUGGCUUACCUUAUUGAUGUGUACAUGUUUCCACCUGAAGAUAUCAACCUCAACUGUGAGGUGCUCACCUGGCCGAAACGUAUCAACCCAGUUUUUGACGACCACGAUGAUCUGGUGGAACAGUCUAAGAUCAGUGGUGAAAAGCAACUGUUAGAGAAACGAGAGAAGGUAAUACUGGAGCUGGAGAAAUUACGUCAGCGUGUGGAUGAGUUUAACGACUAUGGAGAGUUGGACAUGAUGCAGCAGUAUGUUCAAGAUGUCCGUCUCGUACAGAAACGUCUGGCUGACGUCACUGAACAGAUCACUUGGAUCAACAAGGAGGAGCUCCUGUUUAAGUAUCCUGUUUCGACCUACCCAGAUGUAGAUGACAUCACAAGUGCUGUGGAUCCAUUCCAGAGAUUAUUCAAUGUGGUACUACGCUGGCAAAAAGCAGAGAAAAAGUGGAUGGAUGGCUCUUUCCUGGAUCUGGAUGCAGAGGUAGUUGAUGCUGAGGUUGAUGAGUACAACAGAGAGUUGUACAAGAUUCAAAAAGUGUUCAACACACGCCUGAAGAAGCUACAGAUUGAGGUCGACGACCGUAACAGAGACAGAAAGAAACGUCGACGUGGUGCAGAGGAAAGUGGUGAGGAGAUCAAACCUGAAGACCAAGACGAAGUUUUACACCCACCACAGGCUGUGACUGUGUGUGCCAAUGUCAUGGACAGCAUGAGGGAUUUUAAGGAUGUGAUCCCAGUGAUCAGCAUUAUGUGUAACAGAGGUAUGAGAGCUCGCCAUUGGAAGGAUAUGUCUGAUAUUGCUGGCUUUGAUCUAACGCCUAACUCUGGAACAACACUCCGAAAAGUCCUCAAAUUUGAGCUUGAUUCACACAUGGAGAAGUUUGAAGGGAUCAGUGCUGCAGCCACCAAAGAACACUCCCUGGAGAAAGCCAUGGUGAAGAUGAUGGAGGAUUGGGAUGCUGUAGACUUCAAUCUUAUCGCCUAUCGAGACACGGGUAUAAGCAUUUUGUCCUCCGUUGAUGAUAUUCAGACCAUUCUUGACGAUCAGAUUGUAAAGACACAGACAAUGCGAGGCUCACCAUUCAUCAAACCAUUUGAAAAGGAAAUCAAGGAGUGGGAGGAGCGUCUGAUCCGUAUCCAGGAUACCACAGAUGAGUGGUUGAAGGUGCAGGCUCAAUGGCUGUAUCUGGAGCCAAUCUUCUCCUCAGAAGACAUUAUGAGUCAGAUGCCCGAGGAGGGCCGUCUCUUCACCAUUGUUGACAAGAACUGGAAAGACAUUAUGAAACAUACAGUCAAGGAUCCCAAGGUACUUGUUGCUACGAAUAUGCCAGGACUUCUAGAAAAGUUGAUAGACAGCAACGGUCUUCUAGAUAAAAUCAACAAAGGACUGAAUGCAUACCUAGAGAAAAAACGUCUGUUCUUCCCUAGAUUCUUCUUUCUUUCCAACGAUGAAAUGUUAGAAAUCUUGUCAGAAACAAAAGAUCCGACUCGCGUACAACCUCAUCUGAAAAAAUGCUUUGAGGGAAUUGCUAAGCUUCAGUUUGACAGCAAACUUGACAUUCAUGCCCUGUUCAGUAGUGAGGGUGAAAAAAUCACACUUAUUACGCCAAUAUCCACAAGCGAGGCUCGAGGUGCUGUGGAAAAAUGGCUGCUGCAAGUGGAAGAGAUUAUGCUGAAGUCAAUCAGGGCUGUGUGUGCAGAUGCCAUGGUGGCUUAUGCUAAUGAUGCCCGUGUUGAUUGGGUGCGAGAAUGGCCAGGACAGAUUGUUCUGUGUGCUUCUCAGGCCUAUUGGACCCGUGAGGUCCAUGAAGCCAUUCCUGGGGGUCCUGAGGGGCUCAAAGACUACUGGAAUAUGCUGCAGAAACAACUCAAUGAUAUUGUCAUUUUGGUGCGAGGAAAACUCUCAAAACAGAUCAGAACAUCUCUAGGAGCCCUUGUUGUGAUAGACGUACAUGCUCGUGACUCUGUUCUUGAAAUGGCAGAAAAAGGUGUUUCCUCAGAAAACGAUUUUAACUGGCUUGCCCAGUUGCGUUACUAUUGGGAAGAUGAGAACAUGCGUGUAAGAAUCACCAAUGCUACUGUAAAGUAUGCCUAUGAGUACCUUGGCAAUACUGGACGUCUUGUCAUCACUCCCCUCACUGACAGAUGCUAUAGGACCCUGGUAGGGGCUUUCCACCUCAACCUCAAUGGAGCUCCUGAAGGGCCUGCAGGCACUGGUAAAACAGAGACCACGAAGGAUCUGGCCAAGGCUCUGGCUGUACAAUGUGUUGUGUUCAACUGCUCUGAUGGUCUCGACUAUAUUGCCAUGGGCAAGUUUUUCAAAGGACUGGCAGCUGCAGGAGCCUGGGCAUGUUUUGAUGAGUUCAACAGGAUUGACCUGGAAGUGUUAUCUGUUAUUGCUCAACAGAUUUUGUGCAUCAUUCGUGCUGUGCAAGCUCAUGUGGACACAUUUGUAUUUGAGGGCACAGAGCUGAACCUGAAUCCAAACUGUUAUGUUUGUAUCACCAUGAAUCCUGGUUAUGCUGGCCGAUCUGAACUGCCUGACAAUCUGAAAGUCCUGUUCCGAACAGUGGCUAUGAUGGUACCUGACUAUGCUAUGAUUGCUGAGAUUUCUCUAUACUCGUUUGGAUUCCAGAAUGCCAGAAAUUUGUCAGUGAAAAUUGUGACAGUAUACAGGUUGUGUUCAGAGCAGCUGUCCUCACAAUUUCACUACGAUUAUGGAAUGAGAGCUGUCAAAGCUGUGUUAUCUGCAGCCGGAAACCUUAAACUUCGAUUUCCAGAUGAGAAUGAAGAUAUUCUUUUGCUGCGGUCCAUCAUUGAUGUCAACUUACCAAAGUUCUUGGCUCAUGACAUUCCACUUUUCAAUGGUAUCAUCUCUGAUCUGUUCCCUGGGCUGUCCCUUCCGGAGGCAGACUAUGAUGUGUUUGUGGAUGCAAUGAAGACAAUCUGCGCCAAAAAGAAUCUUCAGUUUGUGGACUUCUUCAGGGAGAAAAUCAUUCAAACUUAUGAGAUGAUGAUCGUCCGACACGGUUUCAUGUUGGUGGGAGAACCAUUUGGUUGCAAGACAAAGGUGAUAGAAACGUUGAGUGAGGGGAUGACCCUUUUGUUUGAGCAAGGGGUUGAAGAUUACAACAAAGUCUUCUUUCGUGUCAUCAACCCGAAGGCUAUCACCAUGGGUCAGCUGUAUGGUCAGUUCGAUCCUGUAUCCCACGAGUGGACAGAUGGUAUUAUUGCCAACACUUUCCGAGAGUUUGCAUCCACGGACACUCCUGACAGAAAGUGGGUCAUUUUUGAUGGACCAAUUGAUGCCUUGUGGAUUGAAAACAUGAACACUGUACUGGAUGACAACAAGAAACUCUGUCUGAUGAGUGGUGAGAUUAUCCAGAUGUCAAAUGAGAUGAGUCUGAUCUUUGAGACCAUGGAUCUCUCACAGGCCUCGCCGGCGACUGUGAGUAGGUGUGGUAUGGUGUACCUAGAGCCAUCUACCCUUGGUUGGCGACCCAUUAUGAGGUCCUGGAUCAACACUUUCACUGGAGCAAUGGAGAGGGAAGGUGCAGAAGUGAUUGAGGCCAUGUUUGAGUGGCUAGUAGAUCCUUGCCUGGAAUUUGUCCGUAAAAACACAAAGGAGUACAUCGGAUCUAAGGAGUCUAACCAGGUGCGCUCCCUCAUGUAUCUCGUUGAUAUGUUGAUGGCUGACCCCCUUGGUCAACCAGACGUGGACGAAAAUAGGCACCUGAAAACAUGGAUCAUUUCAACAGUACUCUUUUCCAUCCCCUGGUCCAUUGCUGCAUGUGUGGAUGUAGAUGGAAGAGAGAAGUUUGAUGCCUUUUACAAAGACAUAGUGGCCAGUAAGAAUGAUAAUCAUCCAUUGCCAAAAGUUAUUGGGAAGUUGGAUGUACCUCUGCCUACUGAACAAAAUAUCUACAAUGUCUUCUUUGAGCAAAAAGCUCGAGGCUUGUGGAGGCCGUGGCUUGACUUGAAUAAAACUCUGGAUACCCAGAAUAAGAAGAUUCGUGAAAUGCUGGUCCCCACCAUUGAUACCGCUCGUUACAACUUCCUUAUGAACCUCUGUAUUGAGCAUGGCAGGGCAAUACUCUUUGUGGGGCCCACUGGUACUGGUAAAAGCGUUUAUGUUCAGGAGAAACUGAUGAACAACUUGUCCAAGGACAAAUUCCUGCCUGCCUUUGUAAACUUCUCUGCACAGACCAGUGCUAACCAAACACAGAACAUCAUCAUGUCCAGGCUGGACAGACGUCGUAAGGGUGUGUUUGGACCACAGAUGGGCAAGCGAGCAGUCAUCUUUGUUGAUGAUCUCAAUAUGCCCCAGAAGGAGGUGUAUGGUGCACAACCUCCGGUAGAACUACUGAGACAAUACUUUGACCAUGGAAAUUGGUAUGACUUGAAGGACACCACAAAGAUAACACUUCAAGAUAUUCAGUUCAUUUGUGCCAUGGGGCCUCCUGGAGGAGGAAGGAACGAUGUGACAGCUCGAUUCCUACGCCAUUUCAACAUUGUAGCUAUGAACCCUUUCAAUGAGGAAUCCAUGAUCAAGAUCUUCUCUACUCUCAUCUCCACAUACUUUAAGUCCCAAGAACUUACUGCAGAUUUCUUCUCUGUCGGGUCCUUGAUUGUGCAAGCCACUAACGAUAUGUACAAGCAGGCUAUUGCUAACCUGUUACCCACACCAGCCAAGUCUCACUAUGUCUUCAACUUGCGUGAUUUCACAAGGGUCAUCCUUGGUAUCUGUCUCAUCAAAAAGGCACAGGUGGAAAGCAAAAAGGUUCUGACAAGAUUGUGGGUCCACGAAGUUAUGCGAGUCUUCUACGAUCGUCUAACUGAUGAUGGAGACAGAGAUUGGCUGUUCAAGGCUGUGAAAAAGGCUGCUAAAGACCACUUCAAAGAAGAUUUUGACUCCCUGUUUGAACAUCUGGCUGGAGGAGGCACAGGAAAGGGCAUGGUGGCCGAGGAAGACCUUAGGAGCUUGAUGUUUGGAGACUACAUGAACCCUGAUGCUGAAGUAGAGGAUCGGUGUUAUGAUGAGGUGAAGGACAUCAACCAGUUCUACACAGUCGUGGAGACAUGUCUUGAGGAAUACAAUAACACCCACAAAAACAGGAUGAAUCUUGUUAUCUUCAGAUACGUGCUGGAGCAUUUGUCCCGUAUCUGCCGUAUUUUACGAAUCCCAGGAGGUAAUGCCAUGUUGGUAGGUGUGGGAGGAAGUGGACGACAAUCUUUAACAAAACUUGCCACCGCCAUGGCCGGCUACAAUAUGUUCCAGCCAGAAAUCUCUAAAAGUUACGGCAAAGUGGAAUGGAGAGAAGACAUAAAGUCGGUGCUGAAAGCUUCCGGUUGUCAGGGUAACACCACUGUCUUCCUCAUCACUGACACUCAGAUCAAAGAGGAAUCCUUUUUGGAGGACAUAGAUAACUUACUCAACACUGGCGAGGUGCCCAACUUGUUCGCUACAGAUGAGAAAGCAGAAAUAAUGGAGGCAGUGCGACCAGUUGCCCAGGCUGGUGAUAAGAAUGCUGACUUUAGUCCUCUCUCGCUGUUUGCAUUCUUUGUGAACCGUUGUCGAGAAAACCUCCACAUUAUCAUUGCUUUCAGUCCCAUUGGAGAUGCCUUCCGCAACCGACUUAGGCAGUUCCCAGCCCUCAUCAACUGUUGUACCAUUGAUUGGUUCCAGCCUUGGCCAGAGGAUGCCCUGGAACGAGUUGCCAAUAAAUUCUUGGAGCAAGUAGAACUGGAAGAUCGGGAAAAAGUGGAGACUGUUCACAUUGUGAAGUAUUUCCAUCAGAGUACAACCAAAUUGUCUGACAAAUUCCUGAAUGAACUGGGCCGUCAUAAUUAUGUGACUCCUACCUCGUAUCUAGAACUGAUUAACUCUUUCAAAAAUCUCCUCAAGAGUAAACAAGAUGAAACAAUGAAAGCAAAGAGAAGAUAUGUUGUGGGUCUGGAAAAGUUAGCCUUUGCUGCAACACAGGUGGCAGAAAUGCAGACUGAGCUGGAGGAACUGCAGCCACAGCUAGUGAAAAGCCAGGCAGAAAACUCUAAAAUGAUGGUGGUCAUUGAAAAGGAAUCUGUAGAAGUUGAAGCCACAAGUAAAGUUGUUAAGGCAGACGAGGCAGUCGCCAAUGAACAAGCAGCAAGUGCUCAAGCCCUCAAAGACGAAUGUGAGGCUGACCUAGCAGAGGCCAUUCCUGCCCUGGAGGCAGCCUUAGCUGCCCUUAAUACACUCAAGCCUGCUGACAUUACCAUUGUGAAGUCGAUGAAGAGUCCACCGUCUGGUGUGAAGCUUGUCAUGGCAGCUGUAUGUGUAAUGAAAGAUAUUAAACCAGACAAGAUAAACGACCCAGACAAACCAGGACAGAAGAUAAUGGACUAUUGGGGUCCCUCUAAAAAACUCUUAGGAGACAUGAGCUUCCUCAGCAUGUUGAAGGACUAUGACAAGGACAAUAUUCCAGUCCAUGUAAUGACAAAAAUCAGGAAAGAGUACAUUCCUAAUCCAGAGUUUGACCCUGCUAAGGUCGCAAAUGCAUCCUCUGCUGCUGAAGGAUUGUGUAAGUGGAUUAUGGCCAUGGAAAUCUAUGAUCGUGUAGCUAAAGUUGUAGGUCCUAAAAAGGAAAAAUUAGCAGAAGCUGAAGCAGAUCUCAAAACCACAAUGUCGGCUUUGAAUGCCAAAAGGUCGGAGUUGGCAGCAGUAGAAAAGCGUCUAGCUGAUUUGAAAUCAACCUUUGAGGAUAUGACAGCGAAAAAGCAACAGCUAGAGGAUCAAGUGGACUUGUGCGGAAAGAAAUUGGUUCGAGCAGAGAAGCUGAUUGGAGGUCUAGGUGGUGAGAAAGACAGAUGGACACAUGCAGCAGCCAACCUUCAGAACAUAUAUGACAAUUUAGUGGGAGACGUACUGAUAUCUGCUGGAGUGAUUGCUUAUCUUGGGCCAUUUACAUUAGCCUACAGAGACAGCUGUACUGUUGACUGGGUCAAGGCUUGCACUGAACGACAAAUCCCAUGCUCGCAGGAAUUUUCACUCAGCAAAACCCUUGGGGAACCAAUCAAAAUCCAGGCAUGGAAUAUUGCAGGACUACCAAGAGAUAGUUUCUCCAUAGACAAUGGUGUGAUUGUGGCCAAUGCCAGAAGAUGGCCUCUGAUGAUUGACCCUCAAGGCCAGGCUAACAAAUGGGUGAAGAAUAUGGAGAAGGACCAUAAGCUGGCUGUUAUCAAGUUCACAGAUCUCGACUAUAUGAGGGUUUUGGAAAACUGUAUCCAGUUUGGAAACCCCCUCCUGCUUGAAAAUGUCACAGAGGAGCUGGAUCCUUCCCUUGAACCUCUACUUUUGAAACAGACCUACAAACAAGGUGGCGUCGAGAUGAUCCGACUGGGAGAAAACGUGAUAGAGUACAGUAAAGAUUUCCGAUUUUACAUCACCACCAAGCUUAGGAACCCUCACUACCUGCCUGAGGUGGCAGUCAAAGUGUCCCUCCUCAACUUCAUGAUCACACCUGAGGGUCUGGAGGAUCAGUUGCUAGGAAUAGUUGUCGCCAAGGAAAGACCGGAGCUUGAAGAGGAGAGGCAAGCCCUUAUUGUACAGAGUGCUGCUAACAAAAAGGCACUGAAGGAGAUUGAGGACAAGAUCCUACACACUCUGUCUGCUUCAGAGGGCAACAUUUUGGAGGAUGAAUCAGCCAUCAAGGUCCUUGACUCCUCAAAGAUCCUCUCCGACGAGAUCUCCAAGAAACAGAAGAUUGCUGAAGAAACAGAACAAAAGAUUGACACCUCUCGUAUGGGUUACCGACCAAUCGCAAAGCACUCCUCCAUCUUGUUUUUCUCCAUUGCUGACCUGCCAAAUAUUGAUCCAAUGUACCAGUAUUCACUUACCUGGUUCGUCAACCUCUAUGUGGCAUCCAUUCAAGACAGUAAUAAAUCCAAGAUUUUGGAACGCCGUCUGCGAUAUUUGAAGGAUCACUUCCAGUUUCAGUUAUAUGACAAUAUAACACGCUCAAUAUUUGCAAUGCAUAAGCUCGUGUUUGCAUUCCUACUGUGUGCAAAUCUACAGUUAGCCAAGGACGAUAUGGAUUCAGAAGAGCUCAUGUUCUUCCUCACCGGUGGUGUUGGUCUGGAAAACACCAUGGCUAAUCCAGCCCCAACUUGGCUAUUAGACAAGAGCUGGGAUGAAUUGUGUCGACUCUCAGACCUGAAACAUUUCAAAAAGUUAAGGCCUCACUUUAUAAAGAACCUUGAUGCUUGGAAGAAGUUUUACAAUUCACGAGAGCCACACAACGAGAUAUUACCAGAACCCUGGGAUAAGGAUGCCAAUGAGUUCCAGAAGAUGAUGAUUCUCCGAGUCAUUCGACCGGAUAAGGUAAAUCCGGCUAUUACCAACUUUGUCCGUGAAAAGCUUGGUAAGAAGUUUGUAGAACCUCCUCCGUUUGAUCUAGCCAAGAGUUACGCCGAUUCUAACUGCUGUUCUCCGUUGAUCUUUGUCUUGUCUCCUGGAGCUGAUCCAAUUAUGGCUCUGCUCAAGUUUGCCGAGGAUAAGGGCUUUGGUGGAAAUAAAUUCAACUCCAUAUCUCUUGGGCAGGGACAGGGCCCGAUAGCCAGUAAGAUGAUAGAGAAUGCCAAACAGGAUGGAUCAUGGGUUGUACUACAGAACUGUCAUUUAGCUGUUUCCUGGAUGUCCGCCCUUGAGAAGAUUUGUGAGGAAUUCAGUCCAGAAAACAUCAACCCAGAAUUCAGACUGUGGUUGACCAGUUAUCCUUCAGAUAAGUUCCCAGUUACAGUGCUUCAGAACGGUGUUAAAAUGACUAAUGAACCUCCUACUGGACUGCGACAGAAUCUACUCCAGUCUUACCUCAAUGAUCCAAUCAGUGAUCCUGAAUUCUUUGUCGGUUGUCCAGGCAAAGAACUGCAAUUUGAGAAGCUUCUAUUUGGGUUGUGCUUCUUCCAUGCUUUGGUCCAGGAAAGGCGGAAGUUUGGACCCCUCGGUUGGAACAUCCCGUAUGGUUUUAAUGAGUCAGACAUGAGGAUUUCUGUCCGACAGCUACAGAUGUUUAUCAAUGAGUAUGAUGAAAUUCCAUACGAUGCACUUAAGUACAUGACGGGUGAAUGUAACUAUGGUGGACGUGUUACGGAUGACUGGGACAGACGUUGUCUUCUCACUACAAUGGCCGAUUUCUACAACGCUAACAUCAUUGAUGAACAACGCUACAAGUUCUCAGUCAGUGGCACCUACUAUUCUCCACCAAAAGGCUCAUAUAAUGACUAUGUCCAGUUCAUCAAGAACUUGCCACAGCAACAGACUCCUGAGGUUUUUGGUAUGCAUGAAAAUGUUGACAUCUCUAAGGAACUUCAGGACACGACUCUCUUGUUUGACUCGGUACUCCUCACAAAGGGACGUGGAUCUGGAGGAGGCGGUGGUGACACAGACACUAGUCUUUAUAACAUGGCUGCAGGUAUCCUUGCCAAGCUCCCGAAGUUAUAUGAUAUUGAAGUGGCAACAAAGAAAUAUCCUGUGGUGUACAAUGAAAGCAUGAAUACUGUAUUGGUGCAGGAGAUGGAGAGAUUCAAUAGGCUGUUGUCAAUCAUAAGCUCCAGUCUUAGUAACCUACAGAAAGCUAUAAAGGGUCUGGUGGUCAUGUCAUCAGAGCUGGAGGCCCUCGCUGCCAGUCUCCUCAUUGGUAGACUACCCGCCAUGUGGGCAAAGAGAUCCUACCCCUCACUUAAGCCACUCGGCAGCUACAUCAUUGAUUUCCUCGAGAGACUUAAAUUCCUUCAGAAAUGGUAUGAUGAAGGGAAGCCACCAACCUUCUGGGUGUCUGGAUUCUUCUUUACCCAGGCUUUCUUGACAGGUGCCAUGCAGAACUUUGCCAGGAAAUACACCCUACCAAUUGAUAUCCUGGCUUACGACUUUGAGGUCAUGUCUGUGGACCACACACUUAUAGAUGAGGCUCCAGAGGAUGGUGUCUAUAUUUACGGGCUCUUCUGUGAUGGGGCCAGAUGGGACAAAAACAAGAAUGUUAUUGUGGAACAGUUACCCAAGAUUUUAAAUGAGGCUCUGCCUACUAUGUGGCUCAAGCCAAAGAAAAAGGACGAGAUUAAGGAGGGUGACCGCUACAAAUGUCCUGUCUAUAAGACCAGUGCCCGACGUGGUGUUCUGUCCACUACUGGUCACUCAACAAACUUUGUCCUCUCUGUGCUACUGAACACAGACAACACCAGGGAACACUGGGUCAAACGUGGGUUGGCCCUCCUCUGUCAACUGGACUCUUAAAGUGGACAUUGGACAAGAACCAACUGAUUACCAAUUUGGAUGUGUUUUUGUGUAACUUAUUCAUACAUUUAGACAUCACCAAAAU